UCUAAGAGUUGAUAAAGAUAAUGUUUAUCCAUAUGAGGGGAUGUGCAGUACCUGUUAACUUAUGCUAUGCUAUGUUGGUCCCCUGCCAUUGUCCCCUCCCAAGAUUGUAGCAGGUCAUGUCUCAUUUGCCUACAGUGUCUCGGCACAUAGUUCUCUCUCAUCACAGACCGGUUCUCACUCUAGGAGGAGCAGUCUGUCCCUGGAACUUUCAAACAACUAGGGGAAUUAAGACAUGCUCACCAUGCGAUACACACACCAGCAGCAAACAGAUCUGAGGCUGAAGCAUGUCAAUCUGGAGGUCCAUGACAACCACACGGCCCACCAGACACUGGGCCUGAGCUCCAGGCACCUGGUGGUACGGCGCGGGAGGCCUUUCAAAGUCACCAUGCUGUUACAUGGAAGAGUGUUCAACCCACAGAUGGAGACACUCAUCUUUACUGCCCUGCUAGGUGGGCUGUCUGUUGAAAUCCCUGUCAUGUUGUCGAAGGAUGAGUCUAUUUCUCGGUGGAGUGCCCAUAUCCACCCAGGGGAGAGGCAUUCUCAGUCGGUUACUGUCCACGUCUGCUCCCCUGCUAAGGCUCCUGUGGGACUCUACGACCUCCAAGUCCACAUUGUGUGUCUUGAUGGGCAACGCAGCAUCGCCAUAGGAAGCUUUGUCCUGCUGUGCAACCCCUGGCUUCAGUAUGAUGCAGUGUACAUCCCUUUUGAAGACCAGAGAAAUGAGUACGUUAAAAAUGACUUUGGAAUUUUGUACAUGGGCACUCCUCACAAUGUCAUAUCAAGACCAUGGUCAUUUGGCCAGUAUGAACAGGGGAUACUGGAGAUUUGCCUUAACAUCCUCCAGGUCAGCCCACAGCACAGCAAAGACAAGCAGGGAGAUUACCUCCUCCGUGCAGACCCUGUCUACAUCAGCAGAGUUGUGUGUGCCAUGGUCAAUUGUGAAGAUGAUCGAGGUGUCUUGAAGGGGAACUGGUCAGGAAACUUUAAAUAUGGAUUUAACCCGACGCAAUGGACGGGCAGCGCAGACAUCUUAAAGCUCUGGGGCCGAUCCAAUUUCAGCCCUGUACGGUACGGCCAGUGCUGGGUCUUUGCCUCAGUCAUGUGUACAGUUAUGAGAGUUUUGGGGAUCCCUUCAAGAGUUGUCACAAUCUUUAACUCCGCCCAUGACACCAAUGGAAGCCUGGUCAUCGAGGAAUAUUACACCAAUACCGGGGAAAAAAUCAGCAUGUCCAAGGACAGCAUAUGGAACUUCCAUGUGUGGGUUGAAUGCUGGAUGUCACGACCAGACCUGGGCCCAGGGUUUGAUGGGUGGCAGGUAUUGGAUCCAACUCCCCAGGAGAAAAGUGGAGGAAUAUUCUGCUGUGGUCCGUGUCCAGUGAAAGGCAUCAGAAAGAAACGUUAUGAUGCCUUGUACGACGCUCCAUUCAUAUAUGCGUCGGUCAAUGCGGACGUUGUCACGGUGAUAGUGAGGGAUGGGCUAGUGUUGGGGAGGAGUGUGGACACACAGAGGGUCGGAUCUCACAUCCUCACUAAGAACGUGGGCUCUGAUGGACCCCAGAGCCUCACCUGUGCUUACAAGUGUAAUGAAAGUACCCAUGCAACAUGUGAAAGAGCAACAGUUCAGAGUUUGGAGGUUUCCCUGAAGAUUGAGAAAGUGCCAACGAUGGGGGAGAACAUUUGCUUCUUCAUCACAGUCACAAACAGGGCGAACGUCCCCAAGGUUCUGAAAGAACAUGUCAAUGCUCAAACCAAAGAAUACAACGGUAGCCCACAAGGCACAUUUUGGGAGGCAGAUAAGCAGCUUCAUAUUGCACCAUGUGCAGUUCUGUCAGUUCAUCACCAGAUCCCAUACUCUGAGUAUGAGAACAUGCUUGUUGGUGAGGGCUUGCUGAAUGUGGCGGUGGUCAUAAAGGAUGAACGGACCAAAGAGCGAGUCCUAGCGUCAGAAGAGUUCAACAUCACCGCCCCACAGAUCUCUAUAGAGGUCAUUGGAGGGGAUAACAUUCAGCAAAAGAAGGAGCACAGUGCCCUGGUUUCUUUCACUAAUGGUUUCGCUAUGCCCUUGAGCAGUGCUGUGCUGACAGUGGAAGGCUCAGGCUUGAUGGAGGGCAAAGACCAGACAAAGGUGUACCUCCUGCAGCCAGGACAGACCAUUGAGAAAAAGGUUUCUUUCACCCCCAUCACAACCGGCACCAAACUGUUGCAGGCAAGCCUGGCUUACAACAACAGUCCCACAGCCAUCAGAAGCUUCCAGAAAGUCUCUGUUUUUGCAUAAAGCUCACUUUUUGUAUUUCUCUGCCUUUGGUAAAUUAAUAUUAAAAUGCUCGUUCUAUUUCUUAAUUUCUUUUUGUAUUGUUAGGUAUUACUGCACAGUUGUAGCUUAAGCUAGAAACAGGAGCAUUUUGCUGCACAUGCUAUAAUAUCUGCAAAAAUGUUUACACAACCAAUAUAUACACUACCGUUCAAAGGUUUGGGGUCACUUAGAAAUAUCCUUGUUUUUGAAAGAAAAGCACAUUUUUUGUCCAUUAAAUAACAUUAAAUUGAUCAGAAA